CCUGAGGUCAGAGAAACACCCAGCACACAAUCCGAGGGGAGUGCGGAGACGAAACAAGAUGAUAAAGACGUAGACAGUGUGACUGAGGGCAUCGAAGCGAUGUCGGCGAAGGAGACGCACGAGAAAGAGAUUGAUAACCAGCUUGCGGCCAAAGCCAGUGCCAAGAGCGACCGAGAUAGCUCGCCAUCAGCAGAAGAAAAAGCAGAAGAAAGCGCGCCCUCAGAGACAGCACCCACAGACAUGGACCAAGGCGACAGCGUAGAGACGGCCACCAACGGAGAAGCACAACACUCCCCUCAAGCCACCGCACAUCAACAGCAGAGCCAGUCACCACAGCAACCACCCCAGCAACAGCAACAGCAACAGCAACAGCAACAGCAACAGCAGCAGCAGCAGCAACAGCCACUGAACCCACAGCAGCAACAGCAACAACAACGUGCCAUGCAACAACAGCAAAUUCAAAUGCAACAGCAGAUGCACCAGCAGCAGAUGAUGCAGCAGACCAUCACCCCUGCCCAGGCACAGGUCAUGCGACAAAACACGUACGAGAAUGCAAAGAACGAGCAACGGGUGUCCGAUGCAGAUGUGAAGUUAUUCGCUGACUUUGAGAAGCAGAAGCACGUGGUGUUACGCAAGCAGCGUGAUGAGCCCUUGGGCUUUAUGAUUACAGAGACAAGUAGGUCGUCUCUGCUGCCGUGUAUCUUCGUAUCACAUAUAUUCCCCGGAAGCGUAGCCAGCAAGCACGGCGAGUUCUUUGUUGGAGAUCAGAUUAUAAGCGUCGAAGGCACGUCUGUAGUGGGACUGCCAUUUAAGAAGGUUUUGGAACUCUUCAAGACGCUGCUGGCCUUAGAGAAGAUCGAGUUCGUGGUGAUCCCCAUGGAUGUGGUGAAUCAGGUCACCAUCACACGCAAGCCGAAAGAGAAGCUGGUACGUAAGCGCGCAUGCAGCACGUGGUGUUGUGCGUGUAGACAUACGGUGUUUCCUGAGUGUGUUAUGGGCUCUGUUGCGCGCGUGGCUUGUCUGUAA